AUGCAUACUCGCUUUUUAUCAGCAGUUAUACUUGUGAUCGCUUCAGUGUGGUCAACUAAGUCGCUCUCAGACGGCCUUGUGGUCCGAGUGUCGGGAAAUGGAACAGACGAUAUAUCCUGUCGGGAAUCGAAUGCAACCUUUCCGUGUCGAUCCUUAGGAUUCGCCUUGGAAGCUUUAAAGGACUCAAGCAAUCGAAAUGAAACGAUGUUCACUUUUUUGCUUGACGCUGGGAACGUUUACAGUCUCAACGAGAGCGUGAAAAUUAACCAGACAAGUACCUCGGUCAUCGUUUAUUUGAAAUCUAGCAGUAACUUAACUGGUGGUCGAUCGGUUAUUCGUUGCGCGGAUGCAAAGGCUGGAAUCGAAAUAGGAUCAAACACGAGUAAUACAAGAAACAUUAACUUUGUGGACCUUGAAUUUCAAAACUGCAGUUCUCGCUCUGUUGCUGCUGUUGUUUUAAUCUGGAAUUCUCGAGAUAUUAACUUCACGAAUUGCGUAUUUAGAAAUAACGCCAAAGCGGGGAUCAAUGCUUUCGAUAGCAGCGUGACAAUUGAAAGAUGCCAUUUCUUGAACAAUACCUCUAAUGGGUAUAAUUCAGGGGAAACUUACAUAGAAGGUGUCACUUCCGCCGGUGGUGGAGCGGGAUUUUUAUAUCAAGAGGCUUGGANUAGGAUUCGCCUUGGAAGCUUUAAAGGACUCAAGCAAUCGAAAUGAAACGAUGUUCACUUUUUUGCUUGACGCUGGGAACGUUUACAGUCUCAACGAGAGCGUGAAAAUUAACCAGACAAGUACCUCGGUCAUCGUUUAUUUGAAAUCUAGCAGUAACUUAACUGGUGGUCGAUCGGUUAUUCGUUGCGCGGAUGCAAAGGCUGGAAUCGAAAUAGGAUCAAACACGAGUAAUACAAGAAACAUUAACUUUGUGGACCUUGAAUUUCAAAACUGCAGUUCUCGCUCUGUUGCUGCUGUUGUUUUAAUCUGGAAUUCUCGAGAUAUUAACUUCACGAAUUGCGUAUUUAGAAAUAACGCCAAAGCGGGGAUCAAUGCUUUCGAUAGCAGCGUGACAAUUGAAAGAUGCCAUUUCUUGAACAAUACCUCUAAUGGGUAUAAUUCAGGGGAAACUUACAUAGAAGGUGUCACUUCCGCCGGUGGUGGAGCGGGAUUUUUAUAUCAAGAGGCUUGGAAUCUUUCCUUAAUAGUCAAAGAUUCUAUCUUCGAGUUCAACUCCGCCGUUACAAAUGACACUAGAGAAUUUGUCGCGCCAACCUAUCAUGUAUCAGUAAUUAUUUUAAGUGGCGGAGGCUUUGUUGUUGUGUUCAGAAAAAACGCCCAAUUUUGCCGGGCUUGGAUAGAAAAUACUCGAUUUGCGAACAACAGCGCAACGGUCGGAGGUGGAAUCUACGUCGAGCAAUCUGACUUGGCCAUGGGCAACCACUUCAUAAUGGUUAGCUCGAAUUUGUCAGGGAAUACAGCGGGACAGGCGGCAGGGGGACUAAGUUUGUCACAGUGGAACAAUGCUUCCAGCUUCACAACAGUGUUUAAAAAUUGCAUCGUUAGCGAAAACGAGGCACAGCGAGGAGCAGGGAUGAAUGUAUUUUUUAUGAACUCCGAUGCAACAUACAACGACUCUGUGUUAAGGUAA